UUGCAGGUCAGAUGCACUAUUCGCGACAAUGACGGUGUCAUCUGCAUACAACAGGACCAGAAGCUUAAGCCACGAUAUUGCAGUAUCUGGGUUGAUAAGUUCAACCCCAACGGAUCCAUUUAUAUGCAGGUUGUACAGUAGAGAUGUCCCAUGAUAGCACAUUGUGACCAUCUGAAAAUAAAGGGUUUGUGGCACAAUGUCUUCCCCCGGGGGCCUAGCGAGCUCUCCCCGGGUUAGGCGUGUUUCUGGAUCCAGGUGUGUCCCAGGGGCGCUGUAUCAUCGGUUGAGGCUGCGAUGAGCUAAUCUGUUGGGCCGUUUCCUGAUGGCGGUGUGGGAUUUCCCUACGAGGUGCGUGUGGGCGAGGAUUCCUCCUCCUGGAAGGCGAUGGCGACUGUUGUUUCCGCGGGGUCCUGUGCUCAAGAACAGGGGAUUGAUUUCGCUGGCUACGAUCCUGCGAUACAGCUUUGUUUGAGUUAACGGACUGGGCACGAGGAACUCGUGAUAUUGCUGGCUGUGUAUUUGGUUUAUUUACAUUGCUAGCUGAGGCAUACUGUGUGUUUGUAAAUAAAAGUUUGUGACUUGUUACACGGCUGCCUUGCAUGAUAGUAUCCCAGUUGGGAAAGGCAUCGGCGACAACGCGUCCAUCUUGGAUUAUUUUGGCAGGGUAUACGAUGCUCACCUUACUGUUCGGGUGUUCUUGCCGUAAGCGUUUGUACUGGGGCCAUAAUAUCUUACGUGCAUCGACAAUCUCGCGUGGGAAGUCUCUGUUUAUGUGGAAAUGUGUGCCACGGAGCUUUCUGGCGUUCGACAGGAUGAAUUCAGUGUCACGAAAGUCUAAGCAGUAAAUAAUGAUGGGUCUUGAGGAGCCGUGCCGGAAUUUUCCUAGCCUGUGACAUCGAGGGAUAGGAGGACAUGAUGAUUAAGGUUCACUGCAGUGUAUUUAUCACUAGUGAUUAAGGGUCACUGCAGUGUUUUGUUUGCUGGUGAUUAAUGGUCACUGCAGUGUAUUGUUCACUGGUGUUUAAGGGUCACUGCUGGUCUGCAGUGUAUUGAUAACAGAUGAUUAAGGGUCACUGCAGUGUAUUGUUUGCUGGCGAUUAAGGGUCCCUGCAGUGCAUUGGUCACUGGUGUCACUGCAGUGUAUUGAUAAUAAUAAUAUUGAUAAUGAAUUCAGUGACCACACACCGUUAUCGUUUACAUUGUAUUGUAACAAUAAAACGGUUGAACAAUUGUCAUACACUGAAACGAAGUUUAAAUGGAACGAUUCAUUGCGUAACCAAUUUAGAUCGGGUAUUAUUAGCAACUUACCUAUGUUUAACACAAUUGUAGAGGAUUUAGAUUGUACAAGCUGUGACUCUAUAAAUAGUGCGUUAAAUAAAUUCACUGAUGUUAUACGUAAUGUUGCUGAUCCUUUAUUUUGCAAAGAUUAUGUAAUAACCAAUACAUCAAAAUUUGAACAGUGUAGCGCUGUAAGGCAUGCUGAUUGGUUCGAUGUGGAAUGUAAAAUUGCACACGGUCACUAUGUUUCCCUGUUAAAACAAUUUAACUGUAAUAAGUCGGAAGACAAUAGACUUCAAUUGUUGCAAUGUAAAAAGGAGUACAAACAAAUUAUCAAUAGAAAGAAAAAAUGCUAUUUGAGAAAUAAGGCCAAUGAGAUAGAACGUUUAAAAAAUCGUAGACCAAAAGAAUUUUGGAAAUACUUUAAAUCAAAUAAUCAAACUAAAAAUCACAAUAUCCCUUUGGAAGACUUUCAACAUUUUUUCUCUGAUAUUAGUCAUGGUUUGUUUGAUUGUGUUAAUGAUGAGGCUGAACAUUUUUGUAGUACUCAUAAUUUCAAUUUGCCAAAUUCACGUUUCCCCGAACUAGAUCAGCCAUUUACCGUUGAUGAGAUUAAAUUGUCUGUAAAACGAUUGAAACGCAACAAAGCAUAUGGAAGUGACUAUAUUUUAAAUGAAUAUUUGAUUGAAUGUAUUGAUAUUUUAGCGUUGCAUAUAUGUGAUUUGUUUAAUGCUGUGUUGAACUCUGGUCAUUUCCCCGAGAAAUGGAUGGAAGGUAUUAUAAUCCCUCUACAUAAAAAAGGUGAUAAAUCUGAUGUGAACAAUUAUAGAGGGAUUACUCUUCUAAGUUGUUUAUCUAAGCUAUUUACCUCAGUUGUUAACAAUAGAUUAGAAACUUUUUGUAGUAACUUUAAUAUAAUUUCGGACGCCCAAUUCGGAUUCAGAAAAGGGCGCUCAACAAUUGACGCUAUAUACAUUCUCAUGUCCCUGGUUCAAAAAUAUAUAAAUGAAAAUAAAAGACUUUAUGUAAUAUACGUUGACAUGAUGAAAUGUUUUGAUUCUGUUUACUGUAAUGCAUUAUGGCUGAAAAUAUACAAGGCCGGCAUAGAAGGUAAAUUGCUUAGAAUAAUAAAAAGUAUGUAUGAAAAUGUUAAAUCAUGUGUUAAGCAUUGUUCAUCAUACUCAGACUAUUUUAACUACGCUGUAGGAUUACGGCAAGGUGAAGUUAUGUCCCCUUUGUUGUUUUCCUUAUUUGUAGAAGACUUAGAAUUGUUUUUACAGAAUGACGUCUCUUCCGGCCUAAGUAUUGAUGACAUUGUAUUGAUUUUGUUACUUUUCGCAGAUGAUAUGGCUAUAAUUGGUAAAUCGCCCGCGGAAGUGCAGAAACACUUGGAUCUUGUUUCAAAUUAUUGUAAAUGCUGGGGAUUAAAAGUUAAUACCGAUAAAACUAAAAUAAUGGUGUUUCGCAAACGGGGUAGAUUAUUGCCAUCUGAAACAUGGACAUUUGAAGGUCAGCAAAUAGAAGUAGUAAAUGAUUUUAAUUAUUUGGGAACUGUUUUUAAUUACACUGGAAAUUUUAAUUUAAAUCAAGAAUAUUUAUGUGGAAAAGCACUUAAAGCUAUGAAUAUUUUAUUUAACAAAUGUAAAGAGUUUGACUUAAAACCAAAAACACAAUUCCAGCUAUUCGAUGCCUUUGUUGGAUCCAUACUGAAUUACGCAUGUGAGAUAUGGGGUAAAGCAAAAUCCAUGGAAUUGGAAAGGAUACACUUAAAGUUUUGUAAAAGAUUGCUAAACGUUAAGCAAACUGUAUGUAAUGCUGUAGUAUAUGGCGAGUUAGAAAGAUACCCACUAUUUAUCCAUAGAUAUGUUAAAAUGGUUAAAUAUUGGUUUAAACUUAUUGAAACUGAUAACAUAAUUUUAAAAUCGAUUUAUAUACAAGCAUUAAAUGAUUGUCAAAAUGGUCGUUCUAAUUGGGUAUCUAAUGUUAAACUAUUGUUAGACACUUACGGUUUUUCAUACGUGUUUAAUAAUCCAAGCUCCGUCGAUGUUAAAAUAGUUAUACCACAGUUUAAAACUGUUGUCAUUGAUACUUAUAAACAAGAGUGGUUUCGAUCCAUUGAAAAUAGCUCUGUUUUAGAUAUGUACCGUGUGUUUAAGUCAACAUUUGUAUACGAAAAUUAUUUAGAUUUAUUACCUAAAUCACUAAGACACUAUGUCGCAAAGCUUCGAUCUUCCAGCCUUCCACUGAGAAUUCAAACUGAAAGAUAUGCUGGUCAAAAUAUACCACGAAAUGAACGUUUUUGCCUUUGUUGUAACGAAUUAGAUAUUGAAGAUGAGUACCAUUUUGUCUGUAAAUGUCCAUUAUACGUUGAUAUUAGAAAAAACUAUUUAAAGAAAUGUUAUUACAAUAGGCCUUCUGUUUACAAAUUCCACCAGUUGCUGAAUACAACGAAUAAAUUUGAACUUAUUAAGUUAGCCAAAUUUGUAAAAGAAGCUCUGAUUUUAAGAAAUAAUAUUACUAAUGCUGUUAAUUAAUUUAUAUAGCAAUCCUCCAUAUAUUACCUUGCCUUUUCGUAACCGUAUACGAUGCUGAUUAUGUUAUUGUUACUACUAUGUUUAUCUCUGUAACUUUUCCUAAACGUAUACGAUGCUCCUUAUGUUUAUAUUAUUACUAUGUUUAUCUCUGUGACAUAAUUGUAUGUGAUAUAUCUAGUGU